AUGAUGGAAGGGUGCUUCGAGUGUUGCAUCAAAUGCCUGGGAGGGAUUCCCUACGCAUCUUUGAUUGCUACCAUCCUGCUCUACGCUGGAGUUGCACUGUUCUGUGGCUGUGGACAUGAAGCACUUUCAGGAACCGUCAACAUUCUGCAAACCUACUUUGAGAUGACAAGAUCUGCAGGAGACGUUAUUGAUGCCUUCACCCUGAUUGACAUCUUCAAGUACGUGAUAUAUGGUGUAGCAGCUGCAUUCUUUGUAUAUGGCAUUCUGCUGAUGGUGGAGGGAUUCUUUACAACUGGUGCCAUCAAGGAUCUCUAUGGAGAUUUCAAAAUCACCACUUGUGGCAGAUGUGUGAGUGCCUGGUUCAUUAUGCUGACAUACAUCUUUAUGUUGGCCUGGCUUGGAGUUACAGCUUUCACUUCCCUGCCUGUUUACAUGUACUUCAAUCUGUGGACCAUUUGCCGAAAUGCCACCGUAGUGGACGGAGCUAAUCUCUGCUUGGAUCUUCGCCAGUAUGGUAUUGUAACUAUUGGAGAGGAAAAGAAGGUUUGCACCUCAUCAGAAAGUUUCAUCAAGAUGUGUGACUCUAAUGAGGUAAAUAAAUACCAUAGCAUUUUUGGCAAAUCGAUAAUAUAUGUUGUUCAUUAUCUCAUGGUCUUGUCUGCCAACUGGGCCUAUGUGAAAGAUGCUUGCAGAAUGCAAAAAUAUGAGGAUAUUAAAUCAAAGGAGGAACAAGAGCUGCAUGAUAUUCAUUCUACUCGCUCUAAAGAGCGGCUCAAUGCUUAUACAUAAAAGAAACCUUGUCUUACUUCCUAACAUGUGAAUGCUUUGUUGUUUAACUAAAGGCCAUCCUACCAUUUUAAAAACAAUUGAAAGUGCUUCUCACAAAAGAUAGUUUGGGUGACUUACAUAUCACCUACAUACAAUUCUUGGUUGUCUAGCACUUGGUUUCUUAAUUAGUUCUUACUUUGUGUGACCAUUCUAUACCACAAAGCUCCCAAAUAGCCUUUCCUGAAUCCCUUUAGGCUAAUUAGUUCUGAUAGGUCAAGGAUACUAAACUAUUGUCAAAUACAACUAUGUGUUUGAUUUUUUUAAUCACUUUGUAUGUGUUAUGCAUAACACCUUUUGCAUUGUUUCUUAUAUGUUUUUGGAAAAAAAGUAGCUUUUUAUACUUUUUAGUUUUGAGUUCAGUAACUACUUUAACUACAGGUAUACUUCAAAGGGACCAUUGUACAUGAUGUACAAUAUAUAAAGAAAACAUUCUGAUGACUUUCCUUUAUAUAUGGAAAAUCUGCCAGAGGGACCCUGAUCAACAUGCAUGAAGGUCCUAAGAACGUUUUAAACAAUCAAAGGUGCAAUUUCUAAAUUUGUAAUAGUGGGUAAAAAAUUUAAAAAAAAGCGAAAAAAGAAAAAAAAACGAAAAAAAAAAAGAAAAAAGUGCUUCUUAUCUUUGUUAACAUUGUAUUAUUGAUGUUUUUAAAGAAUAUUCUCUUGUUUCAAGUUCCAUGGGUGAUAAUUCCUGUUUGUAUUGUGAGCAUGCAGUCCGUGGUGCUAACAAUGCAUGGCCACUUGCCUUUUGAAGGAAUUCAAUACCACGGCUACCUGUUAACGAGUUAUGGUAUAUAGACAACUGUUAAUUAAGUGAUAUAGUUAUUCAUAGUUUUCUACAGAAUAAUCUCUCUUUAAUUCAAUGAUGGUUAUGCUAAAUUGGAGCUGUCCAUGUGAUGAUGUAAGAAAUUACUGCUUAGCUACAUUUAUGAAAGUAAUAUAUCAAAAAUGCAGUGACCAUAGGAGUCAGAUGUCUUUUUACCUGCUUUAAAAAUUUAAAUGGAUUGCACCUGUCUGAACUGUAAAAGAUAUAUUAAAGGAGACUUCCAUAAAUGUUAUAGCUUGGCUUCUAGCUUUCCUACACAUAAUGGUUUACCUGUAUUACGUUGAAGUAAGGUGAAAGACCACUACAGAGCUUAUUAUUUCAAAGUGUAGUAAUAUAUUUGAACCUUUAUUUUGAUAUGAAAAUGUUAUCAGAAUGAUAGCUCAUCUUAAUUUGAAAGAAUUACCUGUAUCAAAAACAGAACAAAAAACCCUAUUUAAGAAAAGUCGGUAUUAUUGGACCAAAUUUGGUGGAAUUUUUUUUUUUUAUUUUGCCUAUUUCUAAUGCUACAAGAAUGCUGUAAAGUGUCUUUUAAAGUGAUGUAGCCUGACAAGACAUUUUUGUCAGUGUUAAAAAUCUUAGGUAGUUUUGUGCACUUAUUGGACCAUUGUGAAUUCUCUCUCAGUGUAAGUGCAUUUCUAAUAAAACUUCUUGAGUAAAACUCUUCUUUGUACUAUUACUAGUCAUGCAUCAUCAGUAAUUUUUAACAAUUCUUGUAGUAAGUAGAAGGUAAUACUAUAGUUACUUGUGGCAUGAUAAUGCAUUAAGUAGUAUUAGUUGGUUGAGUUCUUUUUAUUUUUCUUUUCUUUUGCUUGUUUUGGUUUUUUUUUGUGUUUUUUUUUUUUUUUUUGUGUUUUUGAUUUGGGGUUUCGGUUUCGGUUUGGAUUUUUUUUUUUACACUUAAGCUGUCCUACGGGCUCAACAGUUUUCUGAUAAUGUGCAGUACCGGUAUUACAGUUCUGCAAAAAGUAUUAGGAACCUCUUUUUUGGAUUCUAUAUUGUAGUGUUUCAGUUUUGUGUCUUAAAAUGUUUGUGCUGAUUUUUAAAACUAUGUCUUUUAAACUCAUGUAAUGAUGUUAAUGCUUUUGGCUCUUCUCUGGUAUUAGAGUUUGUAUUUUCACAAAGAAUGCUUUGUAGCAGGCAUUACAAUUAAUCUGUUUUGUACAUAAAUGUGCCAACAGCUUGAUGGUGGCGUUUUUGAAAUGUAGAACAAAGUGCUUGCAAAAUGUAAUAAACACACUUGUGUACUUUG